AUGUGGAUCGGAAGCGAGCCUGGGCGCGCGUGCACUGACCUUUCUGGCGCCAAUUGCGGUAGUCGCCCGAAGCGCACUUUUUCGGAACCAGACAAGGCUAUGGAGGAUGAACUGCUGGGAGCGGUACCGAGUGUGUGCCAUACAGUCCACACGAAGCGCACUUGCGCCCCUGAUCCGGAGGCGUUGACAACGGGGACCCUGAGCAGCAGUGGCGAAGUUUACGCGAAGGGUGUCGUCUGCAGUUCUGACGCCUCUGCCGCGCUCGACGGGGGCAGUUCAACAACGGAAGCAAGUACGACUUCGUCCACCAUGCCGCUGGAGCGCCUUCUUUUGGAGGAGGAGCGUAAGGUUCGCGACUAUCAACAGAGUUCACGGUCGCUGAGGCAGUCGGUACCGCCGGCUAUGUUGCGACUUGCUAUUAAGUACAGCGCCGAGGUGCUUCAGCAUGUCGAGGAACUCAAGAGUUGCUCGCGGCGUGUCAUAGAAGCCGAAGGCACGCCCAUUUUGGCUUCGUUCCCGGUUGAUCAGGAAUCAAUCAGCUCUAUUCCCGGUGAGCUUGCGAGAUUCGGCUCCGGAUGUGUCGUCGCCGGUGCGAGCAGCCAGGAAACCGCUUUCUGGACACUAGCACAGGCAUUUGCCGCAGAAGCUCGUUGCGCGGACGUGGGACAUGUGAAAACUCUCAUGGAGCAGUGUAUGAUAUGUCUUCCGGGCGGUAUCGUGCUCGAACGAAAUAUCAAGAUGAAAAGAAUGAUUGGUGACGUACUGCAUUCCGAGCUUUCGCAUUUAUCGCCAGGAGUGGAGCUUGCAGCAGAAGAGUGCAGAUGUUUCGAGGUACUCUGUAGCGCGCUACAGAAUCCCAGCCAUCAGGUCUUCCUUUUCGAUGUCCUGGAUCCGGCACUGGUCUCGGAAACGCAAUCGAACCCGAGAGAGACGAACUCGUCGCGUAUGGUGGCAUUUGGUUCGUGGAAGGAGGCCAAGGCUCUGUUCAUCGAUAUUCAAAGACGAAUAGAUAUCUGCUUGGAUUUGAUUAUGCAUGCACUUGACACGAAAGCAUCAUCACUGGUGCGAAAGUCAUCCGUCGUUGAUUCAAUCAUUUCACGCGCAGAUCGUUUGAAAAAGCGUCUCGAACAGAGACGGGAUCGUAAUGAAAAAUCAAGGAAGCGAAAACCGGAGUCUGAGCCGCUCUCGCCUCAGCUCCAACAGGACGUAGGCGUUGGUCCAGACCAGAGCAGUUGCAAUGAAAUGAAGGCUGACGAGGCGGAGUCCGAGAACGGCAUCAAGGAGGUGUCUCCAUGCUUGCGAUCCGCGAAACGACGUGGUAAAAAUCGUUCGCAUCGCGCUGAAUCACAAAUCGGUAAUGAAGAUGGAAAACAAUCAGCGAAGACUUUAUUCCGGUUCAUGCGCCGCAGAUCUGAAAUGGAAAACACUAUGAGUAUAGCGCCGAUGAAAACAGUGACUUUUUGUGGCCCCCUGGCUCUUCAAUUCGACUCUCCUCUGAGGGAAAAAGCGCCUUUGGAUGCUCGCAACGUGCCUAGUACUGCCGAGGAGGAUACAAUCUGGGGCCCUGACUGCGCGCGCGCCCCUCGUCGACGACUGAGCUUAGCCAUGGAUGUUUUGGUGGCCGCCUCGCGUGCUAGGCAGCAGGACCGAACUGUAACCCCUGCACAUCAACAGCCGGAUAUUGCUGUACUCGUGCGUGAGCUGCGCCUUGCGCGAAAAAGCUAUUUUGUACAAGUUUUUUUGCAACGCUGGUCGCGUGGAGUCAUCUGCAAGGAGGCGAUAACCCGAUUUUCGAACUCCGAGGACGUCGAGCUUGUCGAACGGGGAAUUCAACAUAUAAGAGCGGAUGGCGACGGUGGGGUGCUAUCCAAAGCACUGCUGAAUCAAGUAUGGGUAGCACUGCAUCGCAAACAAAUCACUGCAUACUCAUGUAUCUCCGGGCGGUUCGUAAGACCAGGAUAUCGUUACUUACAUUUCUAUGAGAAUAGUCGGCCUCCGUAUCAUGGACCUUGGCCGCUGAUGGAACAAGUGCAUAAGAUUCGCCCCCGUGCUCCCUUUGCGAUUCUCGACGACGACCUGAUCGACUAUGAUUGCGACAGCGACAUGGAAUGGGAAGAUGACGACUCUGGAGAAGACUUGCUGUCAACCUCAGAUGAAGAGUCUGCACAUGGGAGCUCGAGCUGCUCUGGAAGUUCCCUGGAAUGCGAUACAGACACAGAUUUCAUUGCUGAUGACGAUGCGUCAUCAGAUUCUGAAAGUUGUCAUUCGAGCGUAUCCCGUCGAGGUUCAAGCAAUGUCGUAUCGCAGACAGAAAUGGAUUCCGGAAACCCCUCUUUCAGUCAUCAAGAGUCUGAUGCAAGAACAGCUGAACUCAGGAAACUGCGGAAACCUUUCGAACGGCGCAGCAGAGUCGUUCAUCUUUCUGCGGAUCCCGACAAGGUUCUCCAACGCUUCAAAGUGAUUCUCAGCUCGGCGGCGCCCACGGAUUUGAGCAUCGAAGUGCCGGGCGCCUCGAUGACACCGGCGCCCUCGUCACAGACUCCGACAAAAGUAACAAGCCCCAAGCACAGUGCUCAUGAAAAACUUUCCGAGAAGAGACCAUGUCCAAGAGAACAUGAAACGCACAAUACGAAUAUAUGGGCAGCUUUCCAGAAAGUGAUUUGCAGGCGAGUCCGGCCGUUCCAUGACGCAUCUUCGCAUAGUCCCGCUCUGAAGCAACACGAUGACGGCUCACUAAUGGAAACUUGUGGACUGGAUCAAUCAGAAUCUGAAAAAGCGGACCUUACGAAACGGGACUCUGGUAGCUGA